UCUCUCAUUAUGUCGAACAAAUGGAAUACAUCUUCUCUAGUAACGACAUUGUAGAGGGUAAGAAAAAAGAUAUUUUCCUUAGCUUGUGCGGGAUAACGGUGUUCCAGGAAUUGAAACGUCUUUAUCCUGCGACGGACUUACGAACCGUAUCCUACGCGGAUAUUAUAAAAAAAUUAAAGGAGAGAUAUGAUAAGGUAGAAUCAGACAUAGUGAUGCGGUAUAAGUUUAGAUGCAGGGUACAAGGACCAGGUGAAACGAACGAAAAUUUUCUUCUAGAUGUGAAACUAUUGGCUGAAACGUGUGACUUUGGUGAAUUUAGAGACUCGGCCAUUAGGGAUCAAUUGGUUUACGGUGUGCAUGAUAAGGAUUUGCAACAGAAGCUUUUAGGUGAGGAGAAUUUGACGUUGAAAGUGGCGGAGCGGAUUUUAAAAACAAAAGAAGUUACAGCAAAUAGCUCACAGGCAAUCAAUAGGAGCAGCGGAGUGAAUUCGGUAAAGCAUAGGUUAGGAUGGAAGGAAAUCAAGGAUGAAAGAAAGAAUUAUGGCGAAAGAGAUUUUGAAAGAAGGAGCAGAGAAAAGUAUCGAAAUGAUGAUAGAAGAUCCCAAUACCAAAAUGGCGGAUAUCGUUCUCGAUCUAGGUCACAGACAAAGGGACGGUAUGCUAACUUUAUUUGUCAUUUUUGUAAAGCCAGAGGACAUAUACAAAAAAAUUGUUAUAAAUUCAUCAACCAGCAAAAACAUCCAGUUAAAUUUGUAGGAGACACUGCAAGUGUGGAGGAUCCGCAUGAGUAUUUCAAAAGAUUAAGAAUGGACUACGAUAGCGACGUGGACUCAGAUUGCCAUCGGAGCCCAUCUCCUAACGGCCCACAGGGGGCAGAUAAAGCUUGUCAAAACGAAUGAACGGAGGCGAAAUGUUUCGCUUCAAGCUGGAGGAGAAGAAGCGCCCGUACGGACACAUAAGAGGAAGUUUGUCGAUUCCGAUGAAGAUGAGCCGUUUCACGGUUUCGAUGCUGAGGCUCCACCACCCGCCAGAAAUGAAUUACAUCCGGGAGCGUUACAAGAAAGUGUUGAUGUUUUUCCAUCAGGAAGUUCGAAGCCUUCAGUUACAUUAAGGCGUUCGAAUAGAAAGAAACAGAAGUCAAAUGAUCAUGAAUUUGUGUACUAUUAAGUAGUUAGGUGUUACUAAAGAAAGUAUUAAGUAUAAAAUUUAGUUAACAAGUGCCAUCAUGAAUUAUAGUUAUAAAACUCACGAUCUAAAUAUAAAGUUACAUAUAUGGACACCGUCGAAUUUUGCGAAAAUAAUGUUCAGAGAAAGAGUGGUAUAAUAAUUAACUAAAUAAGGGAGGAGUUGUCAUAUACUCAAGAAAGAAUAAAUAAUGUUUAGCGUGUUCAGAUUCCAAUCCCUAGUUCAGAUAAUUGACAGAUAAGAACUGUCAUAGUCC